AUGCAAAAUGACGAUCCCGUUGUGAAUGAGGACAACGCAACGAUAACCGCACAUACUAAUGAUGCGUGCCUGGAAAAUGACUACCCUAUUGUAAAUGAAAACAACGCAACGAUAACCGCGCGUACUUAUAAUACCAGCAUGCAAAAUGACUACCCCAUUGCGAAUGAAAACAACGCAACGAUAACCACAGGUACCAAUGAUGCCUGCCUGGAAGAUGACUACCCCAUUGUGAAUGAAAACAACGCAACGAUAACCGCGCGAACUUAUGAUACCUGCAUGCAAAAUGACGAUCCCAUUGUGAAUGAGGACAACGCAACGAUAACCGCACAUACUAAUGAUACCUGCAUGCAAAAUGACAAACCCAUUGUGAAUGAAAACAACGCAACGAUAACCGCGCGUACUUAUGAUACCUGCAUGCAAAAUGACGAUCCCAUUGUGAAUGAGGACAACGCAACGAUAACCGCACAUACUAAUGAUACCUGCAUGCAAAAUGACAACCCCAUUGUGAAUGAAAACAACGCAAAGAUAACCGUGCGUACUUAUGAUACCUGCAUGCAAAAUGACGAUCCCAUUGUGAAUAAUGACAAUGCAACAAUAACCGCACAUACUAAUGAUGCCUGUCUGGAAAAUGACUACCCCAUUGCGAAUGAGGACAACGCAACGGUAUUCGCACAUGUUUAUUAUACCUGCCUGGAAUAUGACUACCCAAUUGUGAAUAAGGACAACCCAAUGAUAACCGCACGUACCAAUGGUGCCUGCCUGGAAGAUGACUACCCCAUUGUAAAUGAAAACAACGCAACGAUAACCGCGCGAACUUAUGAUACCUGCAUGCAAAAUGACGAUCCCAUUGUGAAUGAGGACAACGCAACGAUAACCGCACAAACUUAUGAUACCUGCAUGCAAAAUGACAAACCCAUUGUAAAUGAAAACAACGCAACGAUAACCGCGCGUACUUAUGAUACCUGCAUGCAAAAUGACGAUCCCAUUGUGAAUGAGGACAACGCAACGAUAACCGCACAUACUAAUGAUACCUGCAUGCAAAAUGACAAACCCAUUGUAAAUGAACACAACGCAACGAUAACCGCGCGUACUUAUGAUGCCUGCAUGCAAAAUGACGAUCCCAUUGUGAAUGAGGACAACGCAACGAUAACCGCACAUACUAAUGAUGCCUGCCUGGAAAAAGACUACCCUAUUGUAAAUGAAAACAACGCAACGAUAACCGUGCGUGCUUAUAAUACCAGCAUGCAAAAUGACUACCCCAUUGCGAAUGAAAACAACGCAACGAUAACCACAGGUUCCAAUGAUGCCUGCCUGGAAGAUGACUAUCCCAUUGUGAAUGAAAACAACGCAACGAUAACCGCGCGAACUUAUGAUGACUGCAUGCCGAAUGACGAUCCCAUUGUGAAUGAACACCGACGCAACGAGUAA